AUGGCUGGGAACGACUUUACGCUUAUCGAUAUCUACUACAUCCCGCUAAUCCAAAGGUUGUUUGCUGGUGGGUAUGGGGACAUUGUUCUUGGACGCAAAGCUGUGGCUGCUUGUUGGGAUCGCGUCGUUGGUAGACCCGCUAUUAAGAAGCUGUUGGCCGCUGAUCAGGAGGCUGCCGCUGCCGCUUGUAGAUAA